UAUUAUUAUUACAACAGUCAGCCGUGUGUCUAAUGGCCAAGCCUAUAUAUCGGAGUUAAAAAUUUACAGCAACAUUUAACUAUUAUUUUUAAACAUUAGAUAUAUUAUAUAAAAAUGGUAGUCAAAGUAUACAUCAGUGGUAUUUCCGGAAACAAGGAGGUAAAAAAGAGACAACAACGUGUAUUAAUGAUAUUAGAUUCAAAAAACAUUAAAUAUGAAAUUAUUGACAUAACGGAACCUGGGCGAGAAGAUGAUAAAGAUUUUAUGCAAAACAAUUCUAAGUCCAAUGGAGGAACCGUCAGCGAUCCCAACCCUCGCUCGCCACUCCCGCCGCAGCUCUUUAACGAUGACGAAUAUUGUGGAGAUUAUGAUCAAUUCGAUUUGGCAAAUGAAGUUGAUACUUUGGAACAGUUUUUAAAAGUUGAAGUUCCACCAGAAAUAUCACCAGCACAAGAAAAGACUAAUGCUGUAAAUGGAGUGAUCCAACAAAAUGAGGAUCAAAAUGGAUCGAAAGACGAGGAACAGAUUGUUAAUCUGACUGCUGAAUCUACAACACAGCCGGCUGACGCUGAAGCCGACAAUAGCAGUCAUGAUGUUGCUGAGGAAAAUUCAGUAGAGAACAAAACAAUAGAUAAGGAACCGUCUCCAGUUAGACAACAAUCUCAAGAGAAACCUGUCGAAGAGACUGAAAACGAAUCUAAAGUGAUCUCAAAAGAAAAUACACCUGUAAAAGAUGAUGGUGUGAAUGAAAAUGGAGCAACGGCCUCCCGUGAGCAAUCUGCAGAGAAGGAACAGGUCAAUGAAAAAGAUAAUUUGUCCGAAGCACUUAUUGAAAGUGAAAAAAUGGCUGCCAGUGAUUAGUGAAACCACUUUUUAAAUACAGCUCAAAUCACAUAUUUAGCACUAAGCAUGCACUGUUCAUCAUCAUUGCCUUAUUUAUAUGCAUUAAUCAUAUUUUGUGGCAUUUUAACUAAGCCUAUGUAUAUAAUGCAAUAUAUUUGUUGACAAUUAUUGUCGGUUAAGUUACAUGUUGCUAUAAAGUGGCCUAUAUUCAAAUGUUUCACUAUUUAUUAGAGAUAUGUCACAUCCAUCUCUAAUUUAAGAGUCUAUGAACAUAUUUAUCUCCUAUAAGGCAUGUAUUACUUUAAAGUAUUAAAAUGAAUUUUUUUUUUAAGCAUCAACAGUUUUAAAGCAAGAGUCAAAUAUAUUAUUAUUUUUUUUGGUUAUCAAAUGCUCAUUAACCAUGAAACUCAAUGAAAUGUUUUAACAUGACAUUAAUAUUAAUAUAAACAUAGACUUGUAUAGUCUAAGGUGCUGAUUUUAUAUUUUAUACACUAGUGAGCCGAUGAGCAAUCUACUAAAAUUAUUUAUUUACUUCUUUUUUUUUUUAAUUUAUUAAUCAUAAAAUUAAAAAAAUAAUCAUGAGUUAAAGACAUUUUUUACUAAUAUUUUUCUUGUCAAUUCUAUAAAUGCUACACAAUAAUAGCUUUUAUUUGAAGUAUAAUAAAGCAAUGUAAAUAUUA